UCGGAGUGAAAGAAGCAAAGGGCCUUUUCACUCUUCUUUUUUUUGUGUUUCUUUAAAUCAAAUUCACUUUCUUUUUGCUUGCAACACAAUUAUCAUGUCGCUGCCGGCACCGCCAUUAGUCCCUGCUCUACCCGUUACUGAUACCCAAGAUGGCGAGAAUCAUAGCAACAGCAACACUAUUACCACCACCACCACCACCGAUAACAUCAACACCAGCACCAACAGUAGCUCACUUACUUGUCUUUGGCGGGACUGUCACCGGCGAUUCCCUGACCAUACUGCAUUAGCCCACCAUUUAUCUGAAGAUCACGUUGGCUGGAAACGACCUGAAUAUUUUUGCGAUUGGAGCGAUUGUAAUCGACGAGGUGUAAAGUGCCAUUCGCGAUUCGCUUUAAUGAUGCAUUUACGUAUACAUACUGGCGAAAAGCCUUUUGCUUGCAACCAUCCCGGAUGUGACCAAGCGUAAGUUUCUCUAUUUUAAGAGUUUUCUCCAUCGAAAAAGAGCAAGAAGGAGGAAGGGGAGGAGGAAGGAGGUAUUAAGAUAGAGGAUUACAACAAGACGGGAAAGGAGCUAUUAGGUGAUCAGGGAACAGUGUAUGAACGAACGUGUGUUUUUGAUAUGCUGUUUAUGUGUAGAUUCGGGCGACAGGAUGCGCUGG